AUUUCAAGUUAGGGUUUGGCAUAGUAGUGUGGUUAAGGUUAAGUUUAGGUUUUAAAUCAGAUAUUUAGAAGAUACAUUGUAGAAAUAGGCGGGGUUUAUCCCUUUGUGGCUGUGGUAUCUAGUGUCGAUCCAGUCGCAGUUGCUUGCUCGCUUCUGCUCACAGCAGCAUAAACACAGAACAGCAUCAAGGCUUGGUCACUGCGGGAAAGAUGGCGACGGAUAAACAGAAACAUGAAGGCAGAGUAAAAAUUGGACACUAUAUUCUCGGAGACACACUUGGGGUGGGGACGUUCGGGAAAGUUAAAGUGGGGCAGCACGAGCUGACCAAACACCAGGUGGCUGUGAAGAUCCUGAACAGACAGAAGAUCCGCAGUUUGGAUGUGGUGGGGAAGAUCCGUAGAGAGAUCCAGAACCUCAAGCUCUUCAGGCAUCCACACAUCAUCAAGCUGUACCAGGUGAUCAGCACCCCAACAGACAUCUUUAUGGUGAUGGAGUAUGUGUCUGGAGGAGAGCUCUUUGACUACAUCUGCAAAAAUGGAAAGUUGGAUGAGAAGGAGAGCCGUCGUCUGUUCCAGCAGAUCAUCUCCGCAGUAGACUACUGCCACAGACACAUGGUGGUGCACCGAGACCUGAAGCCUGAGAACGUCCUGCUGGACGCACAGAUGAACGCCAAGAUCGCUGACUUUGGUUUGUCAAACAUGAUGUCCGAUGGAGAGUUUCUGAGGACAAGUUGCGGUUCUCCGAACUACGCUGCCCCUGAAGUCAUCUCUGGAAGGUUAUAUGCAGGUCCUGAGGUGGACAUCUGGAGCAGUGGGGUGAUCCUGUAUGCCCUGCUGUGUGGGACGCUGCCCUUCGAUGACGACCAUGUGCCAACGCUCUUCAAGAAGAUCUGUGACGGGAUCUUCUUCACUCCUCAGUACUUGAACCCCUCUGUCGCCGCCCUGCUCAAACACAUGCUGCAGGUGGAUCCCAUGAAGAGAGCCACCAUCAAAGAAAUCCGAGAGGAUGAAUGGUUCAAAGUGGAGCUCCCCAAGUACUUGUUCCCAGAGGACCCGUCCUACAGCAACAACAUGAUUGAUGACGAGGCCCUGAAGGAGGUGUGUGAGAAGUUUGAGUGCACUGAGGAAGAAAUCCUGACUUGCUUGUACAGCCGCAACCACCAUGACCCCCUGGCUGUGGCCUACCACCUCAUCAUCGACAACCGCCGUAUCAUGUCCGAGGCCAAAGACUUCUAUCUGGCCUCCAGUCCCCCAGACUCCUUCUUGGACGACCAGCACCUGACCGCCUCUGCCGCGGCUGCCGCAGGCCUUAAGCCCCACCCCGAGCGCAUGCAGCCAUUCCUGGCAGUGGAGACCCUUCCCAGGCCGAGGCACACGCUGGAUGAGCUGAACCCACAGAAAUCGAAGCACCAGGGGGUGAGGCGGGCUAAGUGGCACCUGGGGAUCAGGAGCCAGAGCAGGCCAAAUGAUAUUAUGUCUGAGGUGUGCCGGGCCAUGAAGCAGCUGGACUAUGAGUGGAAGGUGGUGAAUCCGUACUACCUGCGUGUAAAGAGGAAGAACCCAGUGACGGGCAUGCAGACCAAGAUGAGCCUUCAGCUCUACCAGGUGGACAGCAGGACCUACCUCCUGGACUUCCGUAGCAUAGACAAUGACAUGUUGGAGGCUAAAUCUGGGACUGCCACUCCUCACCGGUCUGGGUCAGUGGGAAACUACCGCACGGCCCUUAAGAACGACACUGCUGAAGAGGGGGGGUCCCAAACGGAGGAGGCUAAGGACGACGCUACCCUGACCCCUGCCACCUCCAUCCCUCCCACCCCCACCAAGGCCUCGGAGAGCUCCCUGGCCUCCUCGCUCACCUCCUCUGUUGACUCAACAGGAGGUGACCUCGCUCCGACGACAGUCUACCCGCGGCCCGGCAGCCACACCAUUGAGUUUUUUGAGAUGUGCGCCAAUCUCAUCAAGCUACUUGCACGAUAGCUCACAAUCAAGUCAAAACAUUAGCCUUUUUUUCUCUCCGAGUGUCCUUAUAAGCAAUAAGCAUACAACCGAUUCAUGGCUCAAUUCAUCCCCACCUCGGGCGGUUGAGCUGGCUAGGGUUGUUCCAUGGCACUGAUGAUGCAGAUUUGGUUUGCACCUACCCUGACUCACGGGGGGGGGGUUGUCAGAGCAGAGGUGCGGGCGGGGUUUAGAGAACGUUGAAUGACAAUGACCAAGCCACUUUAUUAUAUUCAUGAUGACAGAAUACUAUUUUAGAGAUGGUUUUACAUUUUCACGAUCAUUUUAGUUGGCAGAUGAUGAUUUCUUCCUCCUUUUAGAUCACAUUCCACCCUUACAUAUAUAGGCUAAGACUGAAUGAUACACUGAAUUUGCUUUACUGUACUCAGUGGGCUUUUCUGUCCUUUUUCCAGUAGAGAAAACAAAACCCCAAGUUCUUGUGUGCAGAAAAGAGAGCUACAGGGGGGGUAGGGUGGCUGAGGGGAAGGAGGCUGCACUGACCAUAACAAGGGUUGUCGUGCCAACGAUGCCCGUUGACUCACUGAGGAAGUGCAAUGACCCUGUAUAUUUCUUACUCGAUCGCGUCAGGUGGAAGAAAGGAGUUAGCACUUAAUCCAAAUUUUUGUUUAAUGUUUUUUGUUAAUUGAAUUAAGACGUCCAUGUUUUCUCAUUAUUGUAAAAAAAAUAAUGUUUGGAUCUGUUUGUCCUCUACAUUUUAUAUAUAAAUAAUAAAUACAUUUGGAUAUAUUUAUCAGUGCUUUAAAUGGGAAUUGUAGAUUAUAUUGAGAAAUGAUUAUGGAGUAAAAUCUUUCUUGAAUUUUUGCAUUACGACUAUUGCUGGAUGACAUUUUAUUCCUUUUACUGCUUUCUUAAAAUCAAUUUCACCGUUUUUAAUCAGUUAUUCUAUACACAGUUUUUCCUCACCUCACUAUCUCCAAGAGCUCUUUGCUGUUAGUCAAAAUGAGACGUACACUAUCCUAUACUUAAUUCAAAAGUACUUUACCAAUUUAUCUUUGAGGUUGAGGGCUAUAUACAUUUAUACAUCUGAAUGUCUCUUGACUGAGUGACAUGCCUUUUAGCAGGAUUUGAUCAACAUUCAGUUUGUACACAUGCCUAUUCAUCGAGUUACACAUUGAGAAAUUGGGACCAUUGAGUGGUUAUUUGAUGCAAGUACAUGUGCAUGGACAAUAUAAAUUGAUAAAGGAAACAAUCACAACAACAAUCAUUUCACUUUUCUUGGCCCACAAUAGAUACAUUUGGAUGUAAGUUUACAUAUUUGCCCAAACCUUACAUUUAUUUAAUGUGCUCCUGGAGAAUGUGUUUUAUUUUUUACAUUUUAUCUUGAGUGUCAAGACUGAGAUUGAAUGAGAGUUAUUGUCACAUCGAUUGCAUCGUUCUGUUGGCUGCCUUAUCAUUAUCAGUACUGUUGAUCAGUUUUAUAUCAGUGAAUAUAAAAACAUCUAUCUACUUCUAUCCUCUUAUGUGGGGCUGGUUUUGGUCUGAAUGACGUGAUUGGAUUGUGACUGCAAGGUCUAAUUUGUAGACCAAAUUAUCAUUAAAACAUUUGUAGGACUAAAAACAAACUUUUUUUUUAGUUUUCAAAGACCGUUGCAAGUUGUAUUCCAAAUAAUGCAUACGGUGAAUUGUGGGGUUGUUUGAAAUAAGUUAGUGUGAGACCAUGCUCUUCUAACGGCUUACUGAGGAAGUGCAAUUGCCCUGUGUCUCUCUCUCAACCAUGUUCUAACGGCUUAUGAUCUAAGUUGCACAUUUGGUGAGUAGUUUUUCUCCUUUUGAGUGGGAGUGUUAAGAGCUGACUAUUUGCAGGAGAAAUAUCUUUCAUUGUAAUUGUAUUAACUGCUUUAAUUAAGAAAUCUUGUUUUAAUUUUAUUUGGUGUGUAAAGGGACCUUACUACUACAAUGACCGUGUAUCAAAUGGACAGUCUGUUUAAAUCAUUUGUACACACACCUGCCUAAUAAACAGCAAAAUUGCACAGGU